AUGUCAACCGGAUUUGGCGGCCAGAACUUACACCCCUCGCAAUCGAUCUUGUCGUUGCACUCGCGCAAACGGUCUUCCACCGUUACGGCGACGUUUGAAAGCCCGCCUGUCCUUGGUCUCUCACCAAUGUAUCACGAGAAAACAGCAAUGGCGCAAAGGUCGCGGCUUGUGAAGGCUGGUGUUAUUAUCGCUGCGGCGUUUCUGUUCCUCCUGUAUCUCGUUCCGUCGAGGCCCUCUGUAUCAAACAUUAUCACAGACAAGCAAAACCCUUCAGCGUCCACAGAUUCCGCAAAAUGCACUAAGCCCUACGACCCAUCGAAACCGUUGAGACAGUAUGUAUUGAUGAUUGAUGCCGGUAGUACGGGUUCUCGUAUCCACGUCUACCGAUUCAACAACUGCGGUCCGACUCCUGAACUUGAAGAUGAAGUAUUCAAGAUGACUGAAAAGAAGAAGGGCGGCUCGGGUUUAAGCUCGUACAAGACCGAUGCCGAGGGAGCAGCACAAAGUCUUGAUGUAUUGAUGGAUGUCGCCAUGCAAACCGUCCCUGAUGAGUACAAGUCUUGCACCCCGGUCGCAGUGAAGGCCACCGCCGGUCUUCGACUGCUGGGACCUGAGAUGAGUGAAAAGAUUUUGGAAGCCGUCAGACAUCGCCUGGAAACUGUCUAUCCUUUCCCCGUCGUUUCUAAAGAGAACGGUGGUGUGGAGAUUAUGGAUGGUAGUGAUGAAGGUGUCUAUGCCUGGAUCACAACCAACUAUCUUCUCGGUAAAAUCGGUGGCCCUGACCAGACUCCUACAGCUGCCAUCUUUGACUUGGGAGGUGGAUCGACUCAAAUUGUGUUCCAACCGACAUUUGAUAGUGUGUCAGGUGGCAUGCCCGAGAAGUUGGCUGAAGGUGACCACAAGUAUCAGUUAAACUUCGGCGGACGCGAGUUUGAGCUGUAUCAACAUUCUCACCUUGGCUAUGGUCUCAUGUCUGCCCGUGAUGCGAUUCACAAAGCUGUUGUUGAAAACAAGUUUGCUCUCAGCCCUAAGGAUCUAUCUUGGACCACACAACCUAUUCCCCACCCUUGCAUCGGCCCUGGUAUGGAGCAACAAGUCAACCUCACUUUCCCUGCUGGCCACCCCCUUAGCCCUGAGCUUUCAGUCAUCAUGACCGGUCCCAAAGAAUUGUCUGCACCUGCUCAAUGCCGUGGCCUGACUGAAAAGAUCCUCCACAAAGAGGCUGACUGCAAGCUGGCCCCGUGCUCUUUCAACGGUGUUCACCAGCCAUCUCUCGAAAAGACUUUUGCCAAAGAAGACGUAUACAUAUUCUCUUACUUCUAUGAUCGAACGCGCCCACUCGGAAUGCCUGAUUCCUUCACGCUCCAUGAACUCCAGCGCCUGACUGAGAUUGUUUGCGCUGGUGGAGACCACUGGAAAAUCUUCGAGGGCAUUGAAGGCGCGAUGGACGAACUCGUAGGUCGUCCCGAGUCUUGCUUAGACCUCAACUUUAUGCUCGGUCUUCUACAUACUGGAUAUGAAAUGCCACUUUCUCGAGAGGUGAAGAUUGCCAAGAAGAUCAAAGACAACGAACUUGGCUGGUGCUUGGGUGCAAGUUUGCCACUUUUGAGUCAAGAAGCAGGCUGGACCUGCCGCAUCAAGGAAGUUUCUUAA